CAUAACCUGAUGAGCUCCAUUCAGCUGUGAUCUAUGGUGAUGGCAGCAGCAACUGUUCGAUGUAGGUCAUUAAUUCACAGGGAAUCGGCUGGAAUGCAGAGUUACUCAAGAAGAAUCUGCUGGUUUUGUGCCGGCCUGGUCACACAUUCAUUAUACUUUUGACCUCAAGUGCAUAUCAAAGAUACAGAAUAAGAAUAAGAUGAGUGAAUAACAUGUGAUCCAAAUUUUUCUUUUCCCCAAAUUGACAAAAUCAUUUUAAGAGAACAGGCAGAUCCUGGCAGCCCGGGUCUCAUUGACUGUAGAGUCUCUCAAGCUCAUGUAAGUCACCCACUAGCAAAAAUGACGGUUAUGCUCAUCAUAUAGCUCUAAAGACCUUCUCUAUGGUGCUACAGAACCUAUACGAAUCAUUAACAUUACAAGAACAUUAAAGGGUAGUUCACCCAAAAAUUUUAAUUCUGUCAUUAUUUAUAGUUUUUUCCAAACUUUUACAUUUCUUUGUUUGGUUGAACAUGAAGAAAGAUAUUUUGAAGAAUGUUAGCAACUGACUACCAUAGCAGAACAAAUUAUUCUAUUUGUAGAAAGCAUUUAGAAGAAUUUAGGAAAACAAACUCAUUAUAAUGGAAGUCAGUGGUGCCCCAGAAAUCUCAAUUGCUAACAUUCUUUCAAGUAUCUUUCUUUGCCCUCAGCCGAACAAAGACAUUUAAACAGUUUGGCUUGAGGUUGAGUAAUUCAUAACAGAACAACUGAAGUCUACAGAACCCUUUAGGUGUGUGAAUAUGUCUGUGGGUGCCCUGUGAUGGACUGGUCAUCUAUCGAGGAUGUACCCUGUCUAUGGCCCAAGAUGUUGGGAUAGGCUCAAAGAUAGUUUGUUGAAUGGAUUGAUGUUCUAUAAGUGUGGUUAGACUUUAUCCUCUUGUUUGUACUUCUUCUGUUUUCACUCCCCCUGGUGUUAGAAGCAGUAUAUUACAUUUUUUCUUGCAAUUCCAAGCUACAUCAUUUUACAAAAUGUUACUUUUUAAGAUUCAUAGGAACAUUUUUACAGCAUUAUGUCAGGAGAACUAUAUACUAAAUACUUUUGUUCAUAAAAUGUAGCACGUGGAUGUUUUGUUGGGCUUCAGCAUCACUGUGAAUGGUGAGAGGUGUGACUGCUCUGUGAUGUCACACUGCAUAAAUGUGAAAAAGCAAAGCUCUGUCAGGACGGAGGUCAAACCUGAAACCUGUCUGAAGCCCGGAGAGAGUUUGCGAUGGACACUGCCAAACCUCAGCCACAGUUUACUGAAACUUACUCUGAAGUCACAGUCAGUUCAAGUGCAGAUGUUCAGAAUCGUCCAAGGAAAGAUUCAGGGACAUCAGAGAAUGCCAGGGGUGGAGGUGGACGAGCAAGAACAUACCCCUCACCGUCCCGUAGACGACACAGAACGACCUUCAGCAGUGAACAACUGGAACAGCUGGAAUUUGCUUUCAGACAGAACCACUAUCCUGAUAUCUACUACAGAGAAGAGCUGGCCAGAGCAACCAAACUCAAUGAGGCUCGCAUUCAGGUCUGGUUCCAGAACCGCCGUGCCAAGCAGCGGAAGCAGGAUCGAAUCAUCCAGAAAGCGCUGCCGGUUGGCAUGAUGCCGGGACGCAGGCCUCUCUUUGGCACCGUCUGCGUGUCUUCCUCUGCCGUGGGACGGCAGUACAAGUGCCCUCAUUCCCUGCCACACAUACCUCGAUUCUCCGCAGUGCUGCCCCCUGGAGGAUAUCCAACAUAUUCAUCUGCCAACACUCAUUUCUCCUGUUCUCCCGGCCCUGCUCCAUCACAGGGCACCAGACAGCCUGAUGACUGGUUCAACCAACUUCGUAACAUAGGACCAUCCACCGGUCUGCCUCCCACCUCAAUGCUUUCUCUGGGUUCUGUAUCUGGAUUGGAACCGACUAGUCACUGGACCUAAAGAAAACAGCAGCGGAGAAACAUAAGCGACCAUUUCAAAGAUCAUUUCAAAAAGUUCUGAAUUGACUCUUUAUAGGUAUGUGUUUAGGUAAAAUUAUUAUUUGUGAUUUAAUUUGUGAAACACUUACAAAUUUUCUCAAAUUUUAAAUAAAUAUCUUGUUUUUAUUUGCAUCCAUGUACAGAACAUGAAAACUGGAGAAUCAAAAUAACAGAUAAAAUGCUCUGUAUUUUUUCAGACCUCAAAUACUGCAACGUUCAUAUUCACUUUCAAGCAAUACAACAGUUAUAUUUGUAGCCUACAUGAAUUUAGGAAAAAGUAAAAAAAACAAAUUAUGUGACAACUCGGAUUUUAUGAGUUUUCAUGUGUCUUCAUGUGCUCUCUUAAUUUUUUUCCAAAGCUAUAUGUCUGACUCUUUUGUGAGAUUCUGAUUGUUCCGCAGGAGAUCACUUUUUUGCAUAUUCCGUUUUGUAGAAAUUACACAAAGGUAAAAAUAAAAUCAAUUUUGUAAGAUU